GGAAAACGUGAUGGAAACAACAGCGGGUUCCGAUUCCCGAACGCGUCCAAAGAGAUUUGUGUGAGAUCACUGAUUGUUCGUCGACCGAAAACGUGUGUGAGUGUGCUACCCAGUGGCCUUCGCAAUGUGUACCAGGCCAUACCUUCCUGCACCUCGGCGGAGGUUUGGAGGGCCGCCUUGGGGGAUUUCGACGGCGGUUGGAAGCAGGAUGAGCGAGACCGUCUUGAAGUCUGAACGUAUAAAAAUCGGCGUGUCGGAGGGCGUCCUCGGCUCUUUCCUUCACGAAACUACCAAUAUCGUCGCAACUCAUAAAGCAGCAUCGAUCCCACAAACUUCGUCAUGAAGAACAUUGCUAUUGCGCUCGGUGCGGUCGCUUGGUCGGUUGCCGUCGGCGUUAGCGCUGCCCCGGUGUCUUCUUUGGUGCCCGGAAAGUGGUUUGAUCGCGUAUUGACUGUGGUUUUUGAAAACACGGACUACGACGCCGCCGUCACCAACUUCAGCCCACUCACGCAGCUUGCCGGGGGCCGACUCCUCACGAACUACGACGCUCUCUUCCACCCGUCGCAGCCGAACUACCUCGCUCUGCUCACGGGUGACCGCUCUGCGUGGUUGGACUCGAACGUCAACGUUAACAAGAAGAACCUUGUUGACCUGCUGGAAGCCGGCGGCAUCUCGUGGAAGACGUACCAGGAGCUAUACCCCGGUAACUGCUUCGCAGGCGCAACCUCCGGCAAAUAUGCAAGGAAGCACAACCCGUUCAUUUCGAUGGACAAUGUGAGGAACAACCCCACCAGGUGUGCCAAGAUCGUCGAGGCUGGACAGUUCCAGAAGGACCUGGACGCUGGGACUUUGCCUCAGUUCAUGUUCUAUACGCCUGACCUGAACAACGACGGACACGACACAAGCCCCGAGACGGCCGCUGCUUUCGCGACGAAGUUCCUGGGCCCUCUUCUGAAGAACCCUACCUUCAUGAAGAACACGUUGGUUGUCGUUACCUGGGACGAACGCGAGUCAUUCUUCGGUCGCAACCAGGUUGCCACAUUCCUUCUCGGGCCCGUCGUGGCCAACACUGGAGGCGUGAGCGGCGGCCAGGAUAACACGAAAUACACCCACUACUCGCUGCUGAGGACGUGGGAGGACAACUGGAGCCUCGGCAACCUGGGUACCAACGAUGUUAAAGCCCAACCCUUUUUGGGUCUGGCCAGGUCUGCAAAGUAGGAGUGUGGACGAUAGAUUGGAAUGGGGCUUGUCUUGUUCCUAAGUAGAAGUUCGUUGUUUGCAAGUCAUACACGUAAAUUUCCUUUCGGGGAUGUCAAUGUACUAGUAAAGUGAUUAUACCCAUUUCUUGCUUUCAUUCGUACAGUG